UUUUCAAAAGGACGGCCCUUUUCUUUGCCCAAUGAAAAUGAACCGCGGCUGACACCUGGCUAUAAACCCAGGAAGAAACCCAAAGUCCUAAUCAGAAAUCUGUUGUAAAAAACCCCGAGAGGCGCAGCAGGCACACGAGUGGAGAGAGACGGCCGCGAUGACUUCCAGUAAGAUCGAGAUCCCCGGAGAGGUGAAGAGCGACCCCGCUGCUCUCAUGGCAUCCCUCCAGCUGAUGCCCUCACCGGUGCCCAACCCGGAGAUCAAGUACACCAAGAUCUUCAUCAACAAUGAGUGGCAUGACUCUGUUAGUGGAAAGGUCUUUCCUACCUACAACCCGGCUACUGGAGAGCAGAUCUGUGAAGUCCAGGAAGCAGAGAAGGCUGAUGUUGAUAAGGCGGUCCAGGCGGCUCGCCUCGCCUUUUCUUUGGGCUCUGUAUGGCGAAGGAUGGAUGCAUCUGAGAGGGGUCGUCUGCUGUCCAAACUGGCUGACCUGGUGGAGAGAGACAGCAUCUAUCUAGCUACUAUUGAGUCACUGAACAGUGGGAAGCCUUUCCUGCCCACCCUGUUUGUGGACCUCCAAGGAACAAUAAAGACACUGAGAUACUUUGCUGGAUAUGCAGACAAGAUCCACGGCACUUCCAUUCCAAUGGAUGGAGAGUAUCUGACAUUUACCAGAUAUGAGCCCAUUGGAGUUUGUGGACAAAUUAUCCCUUGGAACUUCCCCCUCAUGAUGACAGCAUGGAAGCUGGGUCCAGCAAUCGCAUGUGGAAACACUGUUGUCCUCAAACCUGCUGAGCAGACGCCGCUCACCUGCCUCUACAUGGCGGCUCUUGUCAAGGAGGCCGGGUUUCCACCGGGAGUCAUCAAUAUUUUGCCAGGAUUCGGGCCAACAGCAGGAGCUGCGAUUGCUUCGCACAUGGGCAUAGACAAAGUGGCUUUCACAGGAUCAACCGAGGUCGGCAAGCUGAUCCAAGAAGCAGCUGGGAAGAGUAACCUGAAGAGAGUGACGCUGGAGCUGGGAGGAAAGAACCCCAACAUCAUCUUUGCAGAUGCUGAUUUGGAUCUGGCUGUAGAACAGGCCCAUCAGGGCGUGUUUUUCAACGCAGGCCAGUGCUGCACGGCAGGCUCUCGCAUUUAUGUGGAAGAGCCCAUAUAUGAUGAGUUUGUUCGGAGAAGCGUGGAGCGAGCCAAGAGGAGGAUAGUCGGCAGCCCCUUUGAUCCCACCACUGAGCAGGGUCCACAGAUCAGUCGGGAGCAGCAGAAUCGUGUGUUGGAGUUUAUCCAGAGCGGCAUCAGUGAAGGAGCCAAGAUGGAGUGUGGAGGCAAAGCUCUGGGCUUGAAAGGGUUCUUCAUUGAGCCCACUGUUUUCUCUAACGUGAGGGAUGACAUGCGCAUCGCCAGAGAGGAGAUUUUUGGCCCUGUCCAGCAGAUCAUGAAGUUCAAAACUAUCGAGGAAGUGAUAGAAAGAGCCAACAACACAGAUUACGGUUUGGCUGCGGCUGUAUUCACCAACGACAUCAACAAAGCCAUGACCGUAUCCACAGCCAUGCAGGCUGGCACUGUCUGGAUAAACUGCUUCAAUGCUCUGAGCACACAGUGUCCAUUUGGAGGAUAUAAAAUGUCUGGGAAUGGACGUGAAUUGGGAGAGUGCGGCUUGAAGGAGUACUCAGAAGUGAAGACCAUCACAAUGAAGAUGGUCAGCAAGAACUCUUAAGGCAGCAACACUUUUUUGGGAGGAGGUAGCGUCUUCCUCAUCACUGACCCGCCUCUUGUUGGUCCGUCCACGGUGGCAAACCACAUUAACCAUCAAAACUAGUUAUCUCCAGGGUAACUACAGGCUGUGACCACUCGCUGCCCUCCCAGUUUCUCCAUCAACUCUGCAUUGCUCGCCACGGACAGUCAGCCAAUCCCUGUCCAGCUAUCUCCACCCAGCUUGAGUUUGUGGACUGUCUCCAGUCUAACCGACAACCACUGAACUACCCCCAUAAUGUAUACCUCCUCCACUAACUACACUAAAGCACUCACAGAGACGAUGGGGGAGGCUGCUCUGACUGCAAACCCCAAUAACAACCCCCUCCCAGCCACUACACCCCGAUCCUCAAACCCCCACCCGAUGCUGGAUGCUCAGAGACUCAGUCGCCGCUCUUGCAAUCAACCCUUUACUAGCAACUUUACAUGUGUUGGGAGGCAGUUUUUCUUUGUACUGUGCGGUAUGAUCGUCAAAAAACCUCAUGUGUCAUUGUCUUGGUAGAAUUUAUGCAAGCAUGUCAGCUCAUUCAAGACCACUGAUGUUGGCCGCCUCAGAUAUGAAUGGAUGAAAUGUUAAUUCAGAAUUAAAAUGGAUUUCUAAUUGUCUUUGUUUAUAUUUUAGCUUGUAUGACUUUAACACUGUAUGUCAAACCUUUGACUGAUGUAAACGUGAAGAUUUUAACCUCUUAAAAAGCAUUUUACUCUCACCUGCUAAAAGAGGAGUAGAUGUAUUUUAAACAUUAUGUAACUGAUUUUCAUUGUUGUCCAUCUAUGUUUAUGUUUAUACAAUCAUAUGCUAUAAAAUUAUAAAAUGACCAUAGUUUUUUUCAGUAAAAUCUUUUUUUUUUCUUUACUGGAAAACUCUUUUUCCCUGAGUGUUCACUACAUUAUUAGGACUCAGUGUCCACAGUCACGUCCCAGCCUCCUUUGCUGCUCAGUAGUUCACACAGUUUACAGUUUUUGAUUCAGGAUUGAGAUCUUUGUGGACACAUUUUAUGUUCAACAAAUGGGAGAUAGUCUGGUCAGUAUUAUUUGUAUAGUCCUAUAUCAUUCAUUACUCCAUUUUCUGUAACCGUUUUUCCUGUUAGGGGUCGCAGGGGGGCUGGAGCCUAUAAUAAUUGACAUUAGGCAAGAGGCGGGGGUCACAAUGUCAACAUUCACACUUAUGGGCAAUUUAAAGUUACCAAUUAACCUAGCCUGCAUGUCUUUGGAUUGUGGGUGGAAGCCAGAGUACCCGGAGAAAACCCACAUUGACAAACAAACUCCGCACAGAGGGGCUCCCCUGUCCUGGGGUACAGGAACCCUCUUGCAGGAACCCAAUGCUAACCACUGCGCCACCGUGCUGCCAGUCCCGCAUAUCACAAAAUUAUCAUCAAGACGCUUUGCAAUUUGUAGGCAUAUGACACCCUUUGUCUCUUUAUUCUCACUUCAAAUGAGGAAAAAUUCCCCCAAGAAAACCCUUUAACGGAGGAAAAAAUGGUAGAAACCAUUAGGAAGAGGAGCUGAGGAAGGAUCCUUCUCCUAGGACAGACACUUUUGUCUGUGCAGAAUAACCACAAGAGUAAAAUGACAGUAAAGACAGUCCACAUAACAAUUCUACAUAGAAUGUAAACAUAUAUGAAUAAAAUGGUAAAAAACAGACCUGGGUCAAACACAUUUAUUAUUUAAUUCGUCCUACUUGAAAAUACUAGUUGAUGCAUCUUAUUUGGAAAUAAACAGGGCUGAAGAGAGGACUUAAUUGAAAUGUUAACACUGAACACAUGUAUUUUAAUUGCUGUAGAAGUACUGAAAUACAUAUGUAAUUAGCUACAUCGUUAUAAAUUCUCAGACAACCUAUCGUGCAGGUUAACUAAUGACACGAAGGUAGUAUGCGGUAGUAGGACAACAGCAGGACAAGCAUAGAUGACAAUAAUAAAAUAAAUGAUGGCUGAAUUCCAUUUAGCUUCUUCAGGUCCAGGGUCCUGGUGUUAUCAGUUUUACUAGUAACUCAUAUGCUUGUUUUACUGUGAAAUGCUACAGUAGAUACAAUUACAAACUACCGAGAGGUUGAUAAAAAAAGAAAUGACGAGGAAAUUGAAAUUGAAAAAAUAAACAUAUUUAGAGGAUCUACAACAAAUAAAUUCAGAUCUAAACAUGCAGCAGAUCAGAUACUUUCACAAACAUGCCUGCUUUUGUGUCUACAUCAGAUAGACAGCUCAUCAAAAUGACUGACAUUAUGUGGAGGGUUAUGACCAACAGAAGGGAGGAGGGCAGGAUGAGCAACUUCCAAGGCCACACAUUGCUUAAUGACAACUUCUGACAUUUACAAGCAUGACGUAAAACCUGGUUACAUAACUGCACCAGUGUCUCAAUUUAGACUAUGUCAUAGCCACCGAGUAAAGUCAACAACUACUGUAAAAUGAAAGAGUGGGGGAACAGGUACAAUGAACAUUGUUAGAAGGUGUAGAGACACAGAUUUACUGUCUCCUUAAAAUGCAGUUUGAAAUUGAAAUUGAAAGGCCAAACAAACCAACAUUACAACAUUACAGGAUAAGCACAGGGGUUGCUUAAAACAUUACAGAGAAAUUCUGAUAUUUUUGAACCUUUACCCUAUUUUCCCAUGUUUUUGUGUGUAAGUGAAUAAUGGAGAAAACAAUUUUUCUAACAGUAGUCCAGUAUUGUGAAAGAGAGACCACUGUGGGCAUGGUGGCAAAAAAAACCUGCACUGCGGUCUAUGGUCAAUUGCGCACCCUCAAUUUACGUCUGUUAAAAGUGCUUUUUUGCCGCUGACAGGCUCAGAUUGCUAUUAGACGUGUCUGACAACAUUACAGAAGAGGCCCUACAGAGUGUUUGUUAUUGUGACCAAGUGUUGCUCAAAGACAAUCUCGCUCUGAAAUCUUGCCAGGGAUGACUUGUUACAGGAAAAACAAUGGUGGAAAUGUUGGUGAGAGUUGGAGAGAGGAGUACUGGGAAGAUUUUGUUGUACUGGAGCUCAGAAUGCAUAGCUUUAUGUUAUCUAAAAGAUUUUUCCUGUCAUGGCUGAAUAUGUAGCUGAUCUUGACAAUGUUAAAAAGUCUGCAAGACUUCUCAUUGAGCAAGAAAGGUAAAGAAAAACGUUUGGUUUCUUAGUAGGGUCUUUUCUGUAAUAUUCACUUUUGAAUUGACAUAAAUUAACAGUGCAGUUUUGUCGCUACAGCAGUAAGGGCUCGCUCCAUACUGGACCACUUUCAAAAUGUGUCCAUUAGAGACUUAGACACAGAAAUAUGGGAAAAUAGUGUCCAGGUUGAAAAAUUAUGAAAUUUCCCUUUAAUGAUGGCUCUGUUCUGUUGAAUUGCUCCAGUAAGCCACUACAGUGUGACAGUGAGCCAGCAUACACAUCACCAGGAUUUUGAAACUGCAGCUAAAAGGAAUUAAGCCAUCAUUCAUUUUAUUAUUUACACCUGUGCUUUCCCUACUGUGUCA